AUGCCGUCGCAUCCAUGGCAGCAAGCCGCAGCCGUCACCAGUGAUGCAGCCACCCGGGUGACGGCGCUGCUUGCCGUCGUCGCUCUUCUGCCGGCCGUCGCCUCGGCCGCCCAGACGCUUCCCUACGUACCGACGACCGUGCUCCUGCCGGAUCGAACCUCAUCCAACGGCAGCGACAUCGCCUACAUUUUUCGCCCCUCCUCUUCAUCUACCGACGGCAAGACGCAUGUCGACCUCCUGUCAGUCAAUAUCUCAGCCACAGUCGAUGGCGACACCAGUAUUGAAACCAUUUCCUCCGACCUGCCCUUCUUGCGCAACGCCAAGGACACGACAGCCUUCCUGCCGACCGUGGCCGACAAUGGCACCAUUAUCGUGCAGGCCGGCGACUGCGCCGCUGCCGGCGGUUUCGACGUCUGGACCUACACACCCGCAGACAUGGCCUCCGAUUCGAGAGACGGGUCCUGGGAAAAGGCUGCCGCUAACACCGCCCGCGAUACGAACGACAGCAACGACGAUGAAGCCCAGCCCAACCCACACUUUCUCGGCGCCGCCAUCAGCUACUCCUCAGUUCUGGCCCCCGUCAUGUCUGAACCCAUUCUUUACUCCUAUGGCGGCAUGUGCUCGACACCCUCCGAGGACGCACCAUCUUGGCAGUCGGCCGCCAACUACUCGAAGCAGAUGGUCCGCGUCGCACGAGACAGCGCCAGCGAAAGCGAGCUGAGCUACACAGCAUCGCUCAUCACCUCCAAGGGCCCAGCCUUCCCCGAGGCCGGCUUCUCACUGACCCCCCUGAGCCCUUCCAUCACCAACAGAUCCGACACAAUCACCCAGCAGCGUAGUUACGUUUUACUCGGCGGCCAUACCGAGACGGCCUUUAUCAACAUGAGCACUGCCGCAAUCUGGAAUCUGCCGGCCGAGUCGUGGUCUUUCCUCUCUAUCAACGGGCCCGACGGUGGUCUUCCCGGGUCCGAGCUCGCCGUCAAGGGCGUCUCGAGGAGAGCCACGCCAUCGUCCGUCGACAGUCGAUCAGGCCACACAGCCGUUCUCAACGAAGCGGGCGACGCCCUCGUCGUCCUUGGUGGCUGGGUUGGCACCGUCGCCCACGCCGCCGAUCCGCAGCUCGCCGUGCUGAGGAUGGGCAACUCGUAUGGCGAGUGGGCGUGGGAGAUACCAGACGACCAGCCGCAGGGGUCGGGUGUCUACGGCCACGGCGCCGUCCUGCUGCCCGGUAAUGUUAUGAUGACCUAUGGCGGGUUUGAAAUAUCUGGGUCACGCAGCAAGGUCAAGAGGCAGCAGAGCAGCGGCUCGCCUCGGUUUCUCAACCUGACCUCCUUGUCCUGGGGAUCAAGCUACACGAACCCGUCAUCAAGCUCGAGCACGGGAGGGAAUGGUUCGGGAGCUUCAGAAGGGAGCUCCAAGAAUGACAACAAAAACGAGACUAUGAAAAAAGUAGGCCUCGGUGUCGGUCUCGGCGUCGGCCUCCUCGCUGUCAUUGGUGCCGUUGUCGUGUGGUUCUGCUACCGAAAGCGGAUCAAGAAGCAAAGACAGGAUCGCGAUCGAGCGGUGCAGGGUCUGGCGCAGGAUGCUGCGCGCUUUCUGCACGCUGAUGAUGAGAUGGUCGAACGAGACGAUCCAUGGUCGUCCAACUCGUGGUAUACGGGCGGACACGACCCCUACGACCAAGGCUCGAGGUCUCUCGGAUACGAGACGUUGAGGAACAAUCGCAGCGCACUCGGAGGCUACGGCGGCAACGCGCCCGCCGGCCUGCUCAUCCCGAGAAAACCUGUCAUAUCCAAGACCGCAAGGGGCGCCUACCAGCCCACCGCCUCGCGCCCCGGCAAUUUGCCGACGGCGGGCCACAUUCAUCCGAUCUACGAGGCCGAUGAAGAAGCCCCCGACGGCCCUGUUCUCAUGCGAGACCCGGAUAUGGGACCCGAGACACCGACAUCGCAAACGUAUUCCGAUCCUUUUGCCACACCGAGACACUCAGGCAUGGAAGCAUCUACAUCCGCCACGGCUGGGCCCAUCGCCUUCUUGCCGCCCAAUCGAGCCGCUCUCACGCCGAGCCCCGACCGAAACCAUCAGCGGGGCUUUGUCGAUCCGGAGGUCCAGGACUGGCAGUCGGACGUCGAUGCCGCCGAGGCCCUCUUCGCGCAGAUGCCUCCCCGCGCAGGCCGUGGCUCGCCGACACGCCGCGCCUCAAUGCGCUCUGCCCGGUCCGGCACUACCGGGCCCGACGACGAGCGCACGGGCAGCGGCCUUUCUGACUCGAACCGCAGUACGUUCAGCAGCCUUCUGUCGCGGUCCGGAUCAGCCGCUGGCACGGCACGAUCCUACACACCUUAUCGCGCAUCACCAACUCACACGGGCACGUUGCUCUCGGCCGGCGGCGCCACCAACAAUGAUGGCCGUCUCGGCACGUCGGGUUCAGGCUCAGGUUCAAGCUCAAGCAACAGCGCCCACACCUUCUCCACGGCCAAGAGCAACUUCACCUCGCUGCAGGCUGAGGGCCCCUCGCUGCUUCUUCGCGGCGAGAGGUCUAGCCCCACACGGGAGCAGCACUAUCAGGGCGGCCACGCGCGCGGCUCAAGUUACCCCCACCACGGCGACGACGAUGACGAAGAAGACAACUUCAUCGUCCCCGGCAGCCCCAGCAAGAGCAAGCCCCGCCGCGGCAAGGGCUGGCUCGGCAGCUUGCGGCGUGUCUUCAGCGUCUCGGGCGGUGGCAGCCCCGCCGACAGCAGCGUCGGCAGCAUUUCGCCGGCGCGGCGGUCAUCACUCGACGGCCGCGACGAGCUCGCGUCCACGGCAUAUGAAUCACGACUCGGGCUCAGCGGCAUCGGCGGCGCCGAGCUGCUGAGGCGGAAGCAAGGUCGUAGCGGUUGGCAGGACGGCGAGGGAGUGAAUGACGCCGGCGGUAGCGGUGCCCGUGGCGGUGACGAGGGCCCGCCGCCGGGCAUGAGUGAGGAGGAUUGGGACAUCGAGAGGGCCAUUGAGAAGAGGCUCGUGCAGUUCAUGUUCACCGUGCCCAAAGAGCGGCUGAGGGUCGUCAAUGGCGACGAGGCGAGCAUUGACGAUGGGGCCUCGGCUGUGGACCCGGAAAAGGUCGGACUCGCGUUGUCACCUUCGCCCGAGGAGGCGGAGCGGGAGCGGGAGCGUCCAGAUGUCACCACCGGAGGAUUCGACCCCAGGUCUGCGCCCUCGCCCGAGCCGUUGAGGAUUCAGAAGAAGAAAUCGGUAGAACCUGUCGAGGAGGUGGUGGACGAGAAGGCGGGGGCGCCUUCUGUGAUGAUCCCGCCACCGUCCUCUUCUUCCUCAUCCAUUUCAAUCGCCGACGAGGACCUGUGGGCGCCGGCCCGGGGCCGUGAGCUCAGGGUCCCAUCCGCGGCCAGCGAGCGUGAGCUAAAGCGCAUCUCGACGACCGAGUCGGGCAUCAGCGAAUCGGAGCCGCGACCAAGCCUGACGUUGCGGACGGCCGAGGCGGUACGCAUCGAGAGACCCAAGACGAGGGUGCUGAGGAUGGUCGAGAGCUUUGAGGUGAAGAGCCGCGAGGGGAGCCCGAGUCCCACUCGGGGGUCGCCCUGA